AAGAUUAUAUUUACGUUUUGUAUUAGUUAUAAGUCAAAAUCUGGUACAUUUGAAUAACAGUCAUGGAUGAAGAAUUAGGAGAAGUAACGCAAGAGAAUUAUGAUUUACCUCCAGUGAAAUACGAAUAUUUGGACCACACUGCUGAUGUACAAUUACAUGCGUGGGGCGAUAGUCUGAAAGAAGCAUUUGAACAGUGUGGGAUGGCAAUGUUCGGCUACAUGACGGAACUGAACUACGUGACCAUCAGAGAGGUGCACACCAUCGAGGCCAAUGCUGAUGACAUGAUGGGUCUUUUGUAUCAUUUUCUUGACGAGCUGUUGUUUUUGUUUUCAGUUGAACCAUUUUUAAUCUGUAAAAAACUGGUGAUCACAGAAUUUAAUGUGGAAGAGUUUCGGAUUGUUUGCAAGUGUUACGGUGAAGAGUUUCAGAUUGGCAAACAUCCCCAGGGGACAGAAGUAAAAGCUAUAACUUAUUCUGCUAUGCAAAUUAUUGAUGAACCAAAAGAUAAUAAAUAUGAAGUAUUUGUUAUAAUAGAUAUAUAACUAAAUAAAUAUUGAUUGCUU